CUUCAAGUUCGGUCGAGUCCAUGGUGGCACAACAGCCAGUUGAAUUGAUGGCCGCUCUGGGGGCUGUGAAGCGCCCGGCUCCGCCACUCACAGAGGUAGAAGGCCUCCAGGUGGUUCAGAAGGUCAAAAUUGGUGAUGGCGGCAGUCGUGGCCGCAUUCGAUGUGCUGACUUUGAUCGUCUCUAUUCAUCCAUCAUACAUCUUGCGGUGGGACACUACCAAGCUAUUCUCGCUAACUCGACAAUCUAUCCAGGUGAUGUUGAGAGUCGCAACUGGUCAGGCGAAGCAUGGGCUGCAUCGUGUUGGGCAAAUGGAGUGAGAAUUGAUUAUGAUGAGGACGCUUACAAAUUGAUAACUUCACGAGGCUCUAUUCUGCGGAGCGAACUUAAAACUGUCAUGCGGCCUCUUGUUAUGACAGAGUUUGGCUUCAGUGAUGAUAAAACACCUGAAGCCACAUCCCUCAAUGCAGUGCUGGUAAAGUCACUCCUUGAAAACCGUAAGAAUUUCACCUAUAAGGAUCGGAAGGAGGGCAAGGGAGUGUUCGAGGCUGAGAUUAUACAAAAGGGCAUGAUUAAAUGGUGCUACGAGAAGAAGAACUCACUUGGGGUCAAGUUCCCUGCCUAUUUCAUGGAUGCGAGCACUGGCGGCGUGAGCUUUGGCAUCAUCGUGGCAAUCCUUACAGCUGUCGAGGCCUGCGUCAUGGAAUGGACCACCGGGACAAGGACUGAAACAAAAUUUUACAAGGAGCAGUAUGCGACGGUGUUCAACACAUACCUGACCCUCCUCAUCAACUUUCACGAAGGUACAAAACACGCUGGUAUUAUCCCAAGGAUUUGCAAAAAGCUGUUGAAGGUUGCACGACACCACGGAAAUGUCGCCAACGAGCCUAUCCCAAGUGCUGCUACUCAACACUUCACAGUCGACGAGUUCGCGGCGGCGGCAGCUGAGUGGGAUAAUCGCAGCGGAGCUGACUCAGAGGAUGAUAUGAUGUGGUAGUGGCUAACUGGUUGUGCGAGCAUUAGUACUAGUACUGUUCAUGUUUCGUGGCUCCCGGAAAAUAAAAAUGCCGUACUAUUGUUUUUCCUA